CAUUUGUGUUAAUUGUUUCACUGAUUGAAACUCGUAGUUCAGGUGGUUGUGUUUGUUGUUGUUCACUUUGAUUACGAAUUGUUGGUUUGUAGCUUUUACGAUUAACUUAUUUGUCUCUUGGUUUCUUUUUUUUUUCCUUCUUUCAAUAAUCAACUAAUUGCUGGUUUCGAUUAUUAUUCUGGUUAAUUGUUCUGGAUUCAUUUUAACCCUGACAUUGCCUCUUCAAGAUCAAUUGUUAUCAUUUGUCGAUAGUGUUAAUUGUUUUUCGAAAUUGAUUAGUAACAAUUAUCUCCAUUAGCGAAGGUCCAAAAAUAAUGGCAACAGUUUCUUCAGAUGAUUUAAGCGAAACUCAGAGGAAUCAACUAUUCGCUGAGGCCAAAAAUGCUUCCAAAUUAUCGUAUUCUCCUUACAGUAAAUUCCCCGUUGGUUGUGCCAUUUUAACGACCGAAGGUCAACUGAUUACAGGUUGUAAUGUUGAAAAUAGUUCUUUCGGAUUAACUAUUUGUGCCGAAAGAUCAACAAUUUGUAAAGCAAUUUCAGAGGGAAAGAAACAAUUCAAAGCGAUCGCCGUUCACGCUCCGACCGGUGGCCUCACGUAUCCUUGUGGUGCUUGUCGUCAAUUUAUUUAUGAGUUUGGACCAACAAUUAUGAUUUAUAUUGUGGAUCAAGAUGAUAAUUAUACUAAAACAAUGAUUAAAGAGCUUCUACCAAACGGGUUUAUGUUCACUAAUCACGAUAACUGAUUACAAACAAUUGAGCCCAUUAAUUAAUUGUAAAAAUUUAAGGUUAAAAUAUGAACAAUGUAACAAGUUAAAUUGGGAACAUUUUAAUACCAACCUGUUAACGCAAUUAGAUUUUAGUAAAUUUGAUUCAGUGGCUGAUUUACAAUUCUGACCAAAUCUUUAUUCUUACUUAAUUGUAAUAUUUAAACCAAGAAUUGUCAUGAUAAUAAACCAAUUUUCAAUCGACAACAAUUAAA